GUGCGCGACAGGGCUGCAAGGUCGGCUCGCAUGUCUUCAAUGCUGGUUACUGCGUCGCCCUCGGCCUCCUGGACACCCAGCUCGCGGAGCACGGGCUCGCGUUCCGCGUCGUGGAGCCAGAUGGCCCGUUCUGGCAGUCUCCGUGCGGGGAGGGCGCAGAUGGACGGCCGGUCAUCGCCGCGACCUUCGUGGACGACCUCGGGCUCGUCCUCCUCGCGCGUCUGCCGGCCCACCUGGACGCCGCGAUUGCGCAACUCCUGCACAUCCUCACCACCGCAUUCGGGCAGUGCCAUUUGACCAUCAACUGGGCGAAGGGCAAGACAGAGUGCCUCUUGAAGUACCGCGGGAAUGGCGCGACGCGCGCUCGCGAGGCUCGGCGCCGCGGCAGCGGGGAGCUUGCCAUCUGGGUUCCGGGAGUCCGAAAAUGGCUCCAGGUGGUGGCUACCUAUUGCCACCUUGGCACCAUGCUGUGCGCGACGGGCGAGGCCUAUGCUAACACGCUCCGGCGCACGCAAGUGGCCAUGAGCGAGUACUUGCCGAUCGCGUACAAAGUGUUCGGCAGCGAGCUGAUCCCGGAGCGGCACAAACUCAGCUUCCUGAGGUCUUUCGUGCUGUCUCGCUUGCUCUUCGGCCUCCACAUUGCGUGCCUCCCAGUGGCGCAGCUGCGCCGUCUGAAUGCGGUGUACAUGCGCGGGCUCCGCCGCAUCGCAGGUGAUCCUCGGUUCGGCCCUGAUGUGCAGAGGUCUGACCGCGCCGUGCGCGAGCGAUUGAGAGCGGCAUCGAUCGACAGCCUGCUCAUGACCAUGAGGCUGCGCUACUUGCAGCGGCUGGUGCUCCUGCGCCCUCCGGACUUGCUGGCGCUGCUGCACUUCCGCCCGAAGGGGCAACCUCUGCCUUGGGCGAAGCUCGUCGCUGCGGACCGCGAGUUCCUGCGUCGUCAGGGCUUGGUGCCUCCCGCCAUGCCUGGCUUCUUCGACGCUCCGCUGCAAUGGGCCGAACUGGUGGCUGAUCGCCAGAAAUGGGCCGACAUCGUGGGCAGCGCGCAUGUCUGCGAUUCCUGCCUGGACCGCGACGUCACCGCGUCCUCGGCCACGCCUCUCACAGUGAAGCGCCGGAUGCGUAGUGCUCGCUUCGCCUCCGCGCGCGCCCGCGCGUGCCAUGAGCGCAUCGCGCACAGGGUGACUACGAAGGCUAAGUGUUACCUCCACGGCACGGUUUGUCCAUGCUGCAAGGUGGAUUCCAGGCAGAAGAUCCGUCUGCUGGCGCACUGCACGAACGAGUGGCGGCGCGACCCGGCGGGCCAUUGGCACUUCGUGGGCUACCUCAAGGGGACUGGCACUCAGCCAGAUGCCACGACGCCCCGGAUCUGGACGUGCACGAUGUGCCAGAGUUCCAACUGGCACCCGAAGGUCAAGUGCUCGACGUGCGGGCUCAAGCGGACGUACGCGGCGGUGGCUGGGACGCCCUCGAGCACGCUGGCUCCGCCUACGGGCUCUGCCAACCCCCCGCCCAAGAGUGGACACCCCAGGAACCCUGUCCAGCAGCAGUUGGCGGCGGUUGCCGAGCGCCUGUCUGCAGCCACCGGCACCUCGGCGAUCAAGCCGCCUCCGCCUGCACCCGCGGCCGCCACGCAGCAGCAGGCACCCCCGACGCCCUCAGCCCCGCCCACUGCGGAGCAGACCGGGAGCGUCGGACCUACCAAGGCGUCCGUGGUCGCCACGAUCAAGGAGCUCGAGAUGGCCAUCGCUGCGUUGACUACCCCGUCGACGGCCGCGCUCAAAGCCCCCCUCACCGAGCAGCUCGAGCAGAAGCGCCGCGAGCUGCAGAACUUCAAACCUGUGGGACAGAAGCUGGACUCUCUGCGCGCAGCCCUGGAGUGUUCGCGGAAGCGCAAGGCCCAGGCCGCCGAGGCCUUGGCCCUGGCAGAGCAGACAAUGCGAGCUGCUACGGAGGAGGAGGAGCGUUUGGACAAGGAGCUCACCUUGCUCGAGUCCUCCCUGGCCAAGGACCCCCCCCAGCAGCCUCCUACCAUGAGCGCCCUGCGCGAUCAGCUCUCGGCGGCUGUGGAGGAGCUCAUGCAGUUCGACGACAUCAGCCCCGAGGUCAUCAGCGACGCCGAGACCAAGACAGACAACUUGCUGAAGAGCUUCGAGAUGACGAUCCGGGCGGCUCAGCAGGCCCAGGGGGUGGUCCACCGGCGCUUGCGCGGCAAGCGCCCUCCCCCCGAGCCCGAGACCGAUGUUUUCCACGGGGUCACGGGCAAGCAGAAAGUGCAAUCUCAUUUGACGUAUUUUUGUCGGGGCUCUGGUGAAGGAGCCGCCGGAUGGCGCGUGCAAGCCUUCAGCGGGUGCGCAUGCUCCUUCGGCCAAGGGCGCGUACCAGCCGCACGCGUAGAUGACUCUCCGGAGCACCUCCUCGACGAACGCGCCGUGGAGACGCGCGCCGCAGCUAGGGCUGCCUCAACUGGUCGGCCCACCGUGAACCAGACCGAUCUGACCGUCACCAUCGCCUCUGCUAACGUCCAGACGUUGCUCCCGCACCAGGAGGGGCGCGCGUACUCCCACAAGUCGGUAAAUCCACUUUUGAGCAUGGUGGAGGCCCUUGAGACCCAGUUCAUGCACGCUCAUCUUGACAUCUUAGGAGUACACUACAAGCGCCUCAUCGGGGCUGCAACGCCAGAGGGCGCUCAAGGAGUUCAGCUGUGGGUCCGCUUGGGCGCCCACGUGCAGCUGCUUCACUGGCAGAACGUCUCACCUCGGACCCUCGUGACGCAGUGCCGGGUUGCGCCUGACAUCGAUUUGACUUUCAACGAGUACGAAGAUCAUCGGCCCAUCAUUGUCACCGAGCGUAUCCCGGCAGCGGCCCACCAGGGCUGCAGCAGGCAGCCGGCGAUGUUCAAGGUGAACAAAACGGCGUCGGGGUGUCCCCAGCUCUGCGACUUGUUCCAGCAGCGCGUCUGGGAGUACCAGCGCCCUGCCAAUGCCUCAAUGGACGAGUGGCUGGAAUCCUUGAAAUCCCACGUGCGACAGUGCGCUCGGGAGGUGUUUGGCCCUCCAGAGGACGCCCCCAGGCAGGCGUGGAUUUCCGCUACGACGUGGGAGAUCAUACGGCUGAUCGCCCCUGCCCGCUGGGCCAUGCAUGAAGUGCGCCGCGGCGCUUUCCCCGCGGCCGUCCGCGGGGCUUUCCGGGCGUGGCAGGCAGCUUAUAUGAAGGCUCGUGCGCGCCCCCCGCCGAGCGUGAAGUUCACCAUGCGGGUUGUUGUUGGCGACGCGUCUGACAACAUCACUAUCUGCAAGGAGGCCCGGUCGCGCGCGGCAGCGUGGUGCAGGUGGAUCAGGCGACUCCAGAAUUGGGCCCGACCGUCGCUUGCUGCCGAUCGUGCUGCUUUCCUCCAGGCGUUAGCCGGAAAAGCCCAGCACGCCAUGCUCACGUCAGACAUGCGCACUGGCCAUGCCGUUGCUCGGGCCCUCGGCGCGAAGAAGAGUGCGCCAACUUCUUCGGUGAGGCGCAAAGACGAGGCUCUCACCACGUCAACCCGCGAGGCCACUGAGCGCUGGGAGGAGCAUUACUCGGAGGUAUAUCGAGGGCAGGCCCUCGAAGACAGCGCCAACAGUUACCCUCCAGAUGUGUGCGACACCAAAGCUGUGGCCAAUUAUGGCCCUGAGUCGACGCGCGUAGCGUUCGGCAAGCUUGGACGCAACAAAGGUGUCGGGCCUGAUCAGAUCCCUGGGGAACUCCUUGCUGCCGGAGGCUGUGCCACUGCGUCCAAGUAUGGGGACAUCAACGCCGCCGUAGCAUCCUCCACACGCUGGCCCUCGCAGUGGCAGGGCGGGGAGAUUGUCAGCGGUUGGAAGAAGAAGGGCAGCGUGCACGAGUGUGAUGACCACCGCGGACUCCUCCUAUCAAAUCAUGCUGGCAAAGCGCUGACUGGCAUGCGCAAGCGGUCGAUUGAGGACGCGUACACUGCCAAGAUGCCCAUCAACCAGCGCGGGGCUGUGGCCGGCAGGGGCACCGACUUCGCAUCGCAUAUCGUUGCCACGAUGGCCGACAUCGCCUCGAUGAUGGGCUGGAGCAUCUUUAUUAUGCACUUGGAUCUUGUCAAAGCGUUCGACAGAGUGAUCCGUCAGCUAGUGAUGGGAUGGGGGAAGUACCUUGUGACCGGCAGUUGGACUUCCUCCGCGAUCUGGGCCGCGCUGGACGUCACGUUUGUUGAUGACGAGGCUAUCUUCCUCGUGGCGACGUCGGUGACCGCCAUGACGACGAGCAUCCACAUCGUUCUCGACACGCUGACUUCGGUAUUCAGAUCUUGCCACCUAGAGCUGAAUUGGGGCCCUGGCAAGUCCGAGUGCGUUCUUCGUCUCCGGGGGACUGGAGCCGCUACUGCGCUCGAGAAAUGGCGGCAGCCGGACGGGAGUUUGGGCAUACCGCUACAACAGUACGGGCACGACAGACUGCUCCGCAUUGUGCCUUGGUACAAACACCUUGGCUCUACCCUUGACAGCCUUGGCAUGCACGCGGGCAACGUCUUACAUCACAUCAAGAGCGCUAUGGGUGCUUAUGCCCCCUUGGCCAUGAAGUUGUACGGGCCUACGCUCAUUGCCGAUACGUUCCGCAUUAUGUUAUUUCGGAGCCUGGUGGUUAGCCGUUUGAUCUUCAACCUCCAUAUCUUCGUAGUGAAGCCCAAGGAAAUCAGACGGCUGAACCAUGUGUACAUGCGCGGUCUUCGUCGCAUUCACGGGGACCCCAGAUUCUCAGCUAACACGCACUAUCGCGACGCGGAGCUGAGAGAGAGGAUGAGCAUGCCUUCCAUCGACUGCGUGCUAAGCUCUGCGCGAUGGCGGUACGUGGGCCGC